AUGUCUCGCCAUGCACAAGGACACCUGCGCUACAUGACGCCUUCUGUCCCACCCAGCACAUCGACGCUGAACCACGCUCGCCUGAAGAAGCAAACUGCUCCGACGACAUCACCAACGGGUUGCGUCUAG